UUUGUCAAACUUCGGCAAACGGCAAGCUAGCUUCGGAAAAUCAUCGGACUGAAUACAAAGAAGAAGCAAUAGUAGCGCAAAUCAACAACAAACUUGGUACGGAAUUGCUGCUGAUCAGGCUGAACAUACGUAUUACUCGCAAAACUUGUGUGUACAGUAGUGAAAAAGUAGAAAAGGGUUGUAAUUUGUUUCGAUUCUAAGAUCAUUUAUGUGGCACCAUGACUUGGGAACAUCUAGAACGAGGAAGCUCACCAGUGGAUUGGUGCGAGGGCAACUAUCUCGUGUCGCCAGAUAUUGCCGAAUUUGUUAAUACGAUAAGCAAUGUUCUGUUCCUGCUUGGUCCUCCGUUUCUCAUCUACCUGUUUAAGGACUACGGCAAGUUCAUACAACCGGCCAUUCAUCUGAUCUGGGUGCUGCUGAUAGUGGUCGGUCUGUCCUCGGCAUACUUCCACGCGACGCUCAGCCUGCUCGGUCAAUUGCUGGACGAGCUGACCAUACUAUGGGUAUUUAUGGCUACGUUAAGUCUGUUCUGUCCAAGGCGCCAUUUCCCCAGAAUUUUCAAGCGUUCGAGAAAACGAUUCUGCUUGUCGAUGACAGUAUUUUCGAUUGCAGCAACGGCACUUUCAUUUUGUCAUCCCGCGAUAAAUGCGUUCGCGCUCAUGUUCCUGGCCAUACCCGCCACCUAUUUGCUUUACCAGGAGCUAAAAAUCGUGCAAGAUCAGCGUGUGUAUCGGCUCGGUGUACGCAAUACCACCAUCCUGAUUAUGGCCAUCGUUUGCUGGAUUAACGAUCGUAUGUUUUGUGAUGCCUGGUCAUCGAUGAACUUUCCGUACCUGCACGGAUUCUGGCACAUUCUCAUCUUCAUCUCCGCCUAUCCGGCCUGCGUACUGUUUGCCUACUUUUUCGUCAACGACGAACGUCCCGAAAGUCGCCCCACACUAAAGUACUGGCCUCGGAACGAUUUCGAACUCGGCAUACCGUACGUGUCGAUCAAUUACGACAAAAAGUUCGAUGAUCCUAUUUAAAUGUUGAUUCGAGUUGGGUGUAGUUAAAAUUUGUCUAGGAAAUUUCUUCUCGUCUCUCUCUCUCUCUCUAAGCAUGCCAAAAUAAUGCACUUCGUACAUUCAUUACGUAGCACAUGGUUUAGCCAUCCAUCGUACGCAGGAAUAGUAAGAAGUUUUGUAAACGUACCAAAAAAUGAUAACAGAACGCUUUACACACAACACACACACACACGAGGUUUUAUCACAGCAAAGAGCGGAAAGGAAUUGUAGUAGAAUUUGCUUCCAACGGUUUCGUUCCAGCCGCCACAUAACCGUUUGUUGAUAAACGUGUACAUAGAAACCGUAUAGGGUAUUGAGUUCAACAACGAAGAGUGAUACUAGAACUAUGAUUUUAAUCGUUGCUUUAGGCGACAGUGUGAUAGAAAGAAGCAAAUUAAAUUAUUUAAAUUAUCACUCGGUUUAACAUCGAUUGGUACAUGCAACAGUUUUAAUAAAGCAGUGCUAAAUGGAAACAUUUUUAUUAGCUCCUAAAAGUA